AUGACUGCCACAGCUAAUAUGAAAGCAACCGAUCCUGUUCUUGAGGCUACUGAUUCUGAGCAAAGGCAUGUCGUUGUAGUAGCCAUGACUACCUUCAGAGGCUAUCUGGCAAGGAAAGCUCUUCGGGCACUUAAGGGGCUUGUAAAGCUGCAGGCCUUGGUAAGAGGCCAUAACUUUCGAAAGCAAGCAAAUAUGACUUUUAGAUGCAUGGGGGUAUAUGAACAACGUAAGGAGAGGCUUUCAAACGAAGGAAGAAUAGGUUCCUCCAUUCGUGAACAAAAUAGCUUAUGGGGAUCAUGUUUUGCUGAGAUCAAGUCCAUGUCUAGAGAUGAAAGUGGCAUUGCCAAUGAUUGGAUCCCUUCGAAUGACCACCCACAAACAAUAGAGGACAUUCAAGCCAUGUUACAGAGAGCAAAGGAGGCUGCCUUAAAUAGGGAAAAGGCCCUGGCUCAUGCCUUCUCUCACCAGAUGUGGAGUACUAGUAGGGACCCAAUUGCAAGUGAGGAAGAGUCGCACACUAUCUAUAUAGAUUUCUCCAAGUAUUUUUCUCUGGAAGAGCCAUGUGUGACAUAUCGCAAAGCUCCCAUCUACCCGUCUAAAUCCAAGCAAGUGAAGAGAUAUUACCAGAAAGCGAAGAAAGGCAGUGUAGCACAGGUGGACACUUCUCUAAUUGUUGAGGCUGUGGCAGCGAUCAAUGUUCCGAUAGCCUAG